GCAAGUUGUGUAACUCCCUCAAGGAACACUUCCUCAUGCUGGAUCAAAACUGCCCACCUAUCUGUGAGAUGCUUCAUCCCUGCAGUAGAAGUGAGGAGGAAGAAAGGUGAACGCCAUUCUCAAGCACUUGUGCUCUCCCUCACCAGAAUCAUUCAGAAUGCUUCCCGGGUAUAUAUUCUUGAUGAUUUUUCUCAUUCCUCAGGUUAAAGAAAAGGUCGUCCUUGGAGUAGAGGGUCAACAACUGGUUCAUCCUAAAAAGCUUCCUCUGAUACAGAAACGAGAUAUUGAACACACCCAUGAUGAUGACAUACCGAAUAAGUAUGAAGAAGAAUUAUUGUAUGAAAUAAAACUAAAUAGAAAAACUUUAAUCCUUCAUCUUCUAAGAUCCAGGGAGUUCCUAGGCUCAAAUUACAGUGAAACAUUCUACUCCAUGAAAGGAGAAGCGUUCACCAGGCAUCCUCAGAUCACGGAUCACUGCUUUUACCAAGGAUCCAUUGUACAUGAAUAUGAUUCAGCUGCCAGUAUCAGUACGUGUAAUGGUCUAAGGGGAUUCUUCAGAGUAAAUGACCAAAGAUACCUCAUUGAACCAGUGAAAUAUUCAGAUGAGGGAGAACAUUUGGUGUUCAAAUAUAACCCAAGGGUGCCUUUUGUUGCCAAUUUUUCCUGUAUGGAGCUUAAUUUUACCAGGAAAACUGUCCCAGAGGAUACUGAAUCUAAAGGAGACUACAAAAUGAAAGGCAUCUACAAUGAAAAGUAUGUUGAAUUGUUCAUUGUUGCUGAUGAUACUGUGUAUCGCAGGAAUAUUCAUCCUCAUGAUAAAUUAAGGAACCGAAUUUGGGGAAUGGUCAAUUUUGUCAACAUGAUUUAUAAAACCUUAAACAUCCAUGUGACGUUGGUUGGUGUUGAAAUAUGGACACAGGGAGAUAAAAUAGAACUGCAUUCAAAUAUAGAAACUACCUUGUUGCAUUUUUCAGCUUGGCAAGAAAGGAUUCUUAAAACAAGGAAGGAUUUUGAUCAUGUUCUAUUACUCAGUGGGAAGUGGCUCUACACACAUGUGCAAGGAAUUUCUUAUCCAGGGGGUAUGUGCCUGCCCUAUUAUUCCUCCAGUGUCAUUAAGGAUCUUUUACCUGACACAAAUAUAGUUGCAAACAGAAUGGCCCAUCAAUUGGGGCACAGCCUCGGGAUGCAGCAUGAUGAGUUCCCAUGUACCUGUCCUUCAGGAAAAUGUGUGAUGGACAGCGAUGGAAGCAUUCCUGCACUAAAAUUCAGUAAGUGCAGCCAAGACCAAUACGGGCAAUACCUGAAGGAUUACAAGCCAACAUGCAUGCUCAACAUUCCGUUUCCUUACAAUCUCGAUGAUUUCCAAUACUGUGGAAACAAGAGGGUGGAUGAGGGUGAAGAAUGUGACUGUGGCAGUAGCCAGGAGUGUACUAAUCCUUGCUGUGAUGCACACACAUGUGUACUGAAGCCAGGAUUUACUUGUGCAGAAGGAGAAUGCUGUGAAUCUUGUCAGAUUAAAAAAGCAGGGUCCAUAUGCAGACCAGCGAAAGAUGAAUGUGAUUUUCCUGAAAUGUGCACCGGCCACUCGCCUGCAUGUCCUAUGGACCAGUUCAGAGUCAAUGGAUUUCCUUGCAAGAACUCAGAAGGCUACUGCUUCAUGGGGAAGUGUCCCACUCGUGGGGAUCAAUGCUCUGAAUUAUUUGAUGAUGAGGCAACAGAAAGUCAUGAUAUCUGCUACGAGAUGAAUACAAAAGGAAAUAAAUUUGGAUACUGCAAAAACAAGGAAAAUAGAUUUCUUCCCUGUGAAGAGAAAGAUGUCAGAUGUGGAAAGGUCUACUGCACUGGAGGGGACCAUUCCUCUGUCCUUGGAGAAGACAAGACCUAUCACCUUAUGGAUCCCCAGCAGAAUGUUACUGUCGAAUGCAAAACCAGUUUUUUAUACCAUGAUUCUAGAGACGUUGGCCUAGUGGCUUCAGGAACAAAAUGCGGAGAUGGAAUGGUGUGCAGCAUUGGUGAAUGUCUAAACAUGGAAAAGGUCUACAACUCAACCAAUUGCUCUUCUCAGUGCCAUGAAAAUGCUAUGGAUGACCAUGGACUCCAGUGCCACUGUGAAGAAGGACAGGCACCUGUAGCCUGGGAAGAAACCUUAAAUGUUACCAAUGUCGUCAUCUCAGUCGUUGUGCUUGCCCUGGUUAUUACCGGUAUCGGAGUUGUCAUACUAUUAAUUCGUUACCAAAAGUGUAUUAAGUUGAAGCAAGUUCACAGCCCACCUACAGAAACCCUGGGAGUGGAAAAUAAAGGAUACUUUGGUGAUGAGCAGCAGAGGAAGACUGAGCCGAUCCUGCCAGAAAUUCAUUUCCUACAUGUAAGAAAGUUCUAUUUUCAACAGUGUGUGUUUAAAGUAGAACCCUUCUUAAGCUAAAUGAGGCCAAAAGUGCAAAGGAGCAAUUUAACAUGGUUCUACACACAUGAAGCUUUGAAUCUACAUGUAGGGAAAUGAAAGAGGUCAGUACUCAAAACAAAUAUGGAACAAUAACCAAGAUACUAUUUCAGAGCAGAAUAUAUUGGUUGAAUAAAAUACUGACUUGUGCACUGUUGGAAAAAUUUACAAGUAUAAACCACAUUAUGGGCCAUAAAGCAAGUCUUACUAAACUUAA